AUUUUUUAGGAACAGUUGGUGUGUAAUGGCUGACCAAUCAGUUAAUGAUAAAAUGAGUUGUAUCCGGAGAUAGAUUUUCUGAUGAAUUCAGCCAAAAGUGAUGUCCAGUUUCUAAUCGAUGGCCAAACAGUUCCGGCAGUGAAAGCAGUGUUACGUUUGAAAAGUGAAGUAUUUAGGGCCCAGUUUUCGGGCAAUUGGCGCGAAUCGGAGGACAAUACGGUUGAGAUCUGGGACACUACUCCCGAAGCGUUCAAAGUGAUGGUCGGAUUUAUAUAUACCGAACAAUUGGUAUUCAAUGACAACAAAGACGUCGAUCACAUACACGAUGUAAUGAAAUUGGCGGACAAAUACCAAUUGAAACGAUUGAAAACAUUGGUUGUCCGACACAUGGGAUCAGUUAUAACUGUCGAUAAUAUUGAACAGAUCGGCCGAUUGGCGUUUGGCUAUGAAUUGGACGAACUAAUCGGUGCAUUGAAGACAUUCAUCGAUAAUAAUUUUAAGCAAUUGAUGGAAAAAUCGCCGAAAGAUUUGAAUGCCGUCAACAAUGCCUGCAAUAAUCUGUUGAUUGAAAAGUUUAGCCAACACUGCAAUAGGAUUGACAACUUGUUUGACAAACCAACCUAUUGUACUAAUGGUAAUACUAUUAAUAUAUAUAAAAUUGGUCAGUACACCUGUACUUAUCCAAACAGUACUACCGGUGCCGUUAAAACUAUUGAUAUCAAUACUGUACCUAAAUUUAGUGAAAUAUAG